AUGAUAUUCUCGACGGCCACGAUUGGUCGCUGGUCGCGUGGCAUCAAAUUAGACGCCGCGGCCAACGGUGGCCGCUGGUCGCUUGCCGCUAAAUGCGUAGGGGCUAUAGCGAUGGCCAAUAAAGUCCAGAAUUCACUGGCCGCCGUGGCCAGGACGCGGCGACCAUGGUCGCCAGUUCGUGGCGCUAAAAAGCAGAGGAUAUUCAUUUUUCACACAUAG